AUGUCUUCCGUUUCCAGCACAUCCUCUGCCGGCGCUCAGCCGCGCGGCAGCCAAUCACCACCUACCGCCAUGAACCGUGAAACAACUCCAGAGUCCCUCGUCGACGCUGAUCAAAAAACCAAGAAGAGAAUCCAGAACAGAGUUGCCCAGAGAACGUACCGUAACCGUAUGAAGCAGCGGGUACAGGACCUCGAACAGCAACUUUGUGAGAUGCGCGCCAGACAACAGCAUCAACAGUACUACCCUCAGGACAUGCCGGGUACUGUCACGCCUGACAGUUCUAUGGGCUUUGUUCCCAACGCUGGAAACAUGCCUCCUGCUCUUUGGCAGCAAACAAUGUCCCUCACCAGAACGCCGGGCUCGAUACCCCAAGAGAUGUGGCCUACCAUGGCCGUUGAUGGCACUGCCCAGCAAAUGCCCGACGGAGUCUCCAUGACUGGAAACCCGUACAUGACCCGAAACUUUCACCAGCACCCUCACUUCAACAACCCGGCUCUUUUGAAUCAACUCAACGCUUCAGCCGCCAAUGGUCUUGAGCAGGUUCCGAUGAUGUCUCCCAGCUUGGAGAUGCCCGCCGAAUCCAUGCAGAGACUGUACCGCAACGGCAGCACUGCAUCGACCCCCAAUCAAGAAUCUAUUCAACUGGAUGCUCAUUUUGGGUACAGAGGAAGUGCCACUGGCCUUGGCCAAGCCUCUGAAAUAUCGGAAGAAGAUGGAAACGAUGCCAAGCUCUUUACCAACCCCACCUCGUGGGAAAACAGCCCAGCCAUGAUGUCGCCAACCAGCUCAAGGACAGGGACUGUCGCUCCUCAGAGCGCAAUUUCCACAUCACCAUGGGGCUCGAUUGCUACUGCCGCUACUGAGGUCUCGGAUGCUGGAUCACCACACCAAUUUUCAAGCCUUGAAGAGCGUUUCGAAUACGUCUUGGAGUGCGCCCGUCGCGUUGGAUUCGACACAUUUGACUCAAUGGCCGCUCAGUACUACGGAAGCUGCUUCGACCCUUGCUCUUCCCUGGCGAUGGACCAGCGCCUCAGCCGCAACCGGCACCUUCCAGCUCUCCUGGCUGAGAUCCGACACAAGUCGUCUCAGUGGAGUGUGUGGGAGAGAAGGGCGUACCAGGAUGAGGCGCUCAAGACGGCGGAGGACAUCUGCGCCAUUGAGUGCCGGGAGUUCCGAUCCAAGCAGGAUCUGUGCGAUGGCAACGCCAUGAAUCUGGCUACUAUCCAACAAAAGCUACCUAACGUGUGGACACUUUUGUCUGGCCUAGCCUCCGCCACACCGCUGCAAAGGCAGGGUGACCGCUCAAAUCUUGUGUACAACAGUAUCAAGCAGCUGUGUGCGCUGGGUGAUGCUUCUGGCCAUAUGGCUGUGGAUAGCUAG